AUGGAGGUUGACACGGCAGACCAGUUUGAUAAAGCCCCUCAAGCCUGCGUUUCCUGUCGGAAACAAAAGCGAAAAUGCGACAAGUUGCUGCCCAGCUGCUCGCUGUGUACGCGUAUGUCCCGACCCUGUGAUUACUCGGAAACCGCCCCCAAUCCCACCUCUGAAGACUUUGCUUUGAUGCGACAGAAGAUAUCCGACCUGGAAGCCCGUUUGGAAGGCCGACGCUCGGAAGGGUGGCAUGGCCCGAUACGCUCUUUCAGCAGGAGUCCGGGCACCGGGGGGGAGGCGGCCUUUGCGACCGACAGCAAUGUCAUCUUCCCGGCUGCGUUUUUCCUCGACGCCGAAGUCUACGCGCAGGCGCAGCUGACCAUACCUCGACCCAACAUCGCCGUCCCGGCAGAGGUUGCGGCGACGGUGGGAGUCUCCAUCCUGGACAUCCAGGAUAUUGUCGACCGGUACUUUGCGAAUAUUCAUACCUGGCUUCCUUUCAUCUCCAAAAAGCGCCUGCAGCUGACCCUAUCCAAUCCUGCAAUGGAGCUUACCCUCGACCUGGCACUCCUACUCCUAUCGAUGAAGCUUAUCAUCCAGGUCCCCCAAGGGGGCUCCCAGAGCAUUCGAUCACCACUGUACAAUCUCACCAAGGGCUAUGCCACCAUGGUUGAAUCGAGCGGGUUGAUGUCCCUACAGUUGCUGCAGGCGAACAUCUUGAUCGCCGCGUACGAGGUAGGCCAUGCGAUCUACCCAGCCGCUUACCUGAGUACGGGACACUGCGCAAGGCUAGGACAUGCACUGGGCCUGAACGACAGACAACACGCUCCUCAAAUGUUGAAGAAGAGAACGGGGGCGUGGGCAGAGCUGGAGGAAUUCAAACGAACGUGGUGGGCAACUAUGCUCUUGGAUAGAUAUGUCAAUCUCGGUUCCUCAGGCCACCCCUUGGCUACCGACGACCCUGUUGUCAACGACACGCUGCCGGCCGACGACGAGCUCUGGGACGAAGGCCAGAUAACGACGAGUGAGCCUCUCUACGUGUCCUCGCCCACAAACGUAAAAGCCGGAGCAUUUACACGAACGUGCCAAGCGACGCACCUCCUCGGCAGGCUCGUCCGGCUUCUCAAUGACAGGCUUCUAGAUGCGUCUAUGCGAUUUUCCGAAGCAAUCCAGCUCCAUCGGACGCUUCAGGCCUUGGCCAAUCUACUUCCCAACGACGUCCAUCACUCGCCAGAGCGCUAUGGAACACCCUUGGCCCUUUGUUACAGCAGCCUGCUACACCUCAGCGACCCGUUUGCUUGUACUGAAUCCAACCGCGGCUACCGGACCGUUGAAGAGACCGAGAUGCAGACAAUCGCAAUUGCAGGGCUGAAGUCGGUCGCCGCAGAUGUGCUUCGUUUCAGCCAGCUGUGGCACGUUGACAUGACUUCAAACCCAGCAGCAGUGAGUCCUUUGCUUGGGGACUGUCUGUACUUCGCGGCGACCAUCUACGCAUGGCUUGCCAACGAGACCGGGCAACAGGAAAUGGGAGAUGCAUACCACAUUCUCCGGAAGGUGUUGGAAACGAUGGGUUCUCGGUGGGCGGUCGCACAACAGUAUCUGAUUCUGCUCGACAUGAGCAAAGAGCAUCUCUACGCCGAUUCACUACUUGUCUGA